GAAAACUGCCCUUGGAAUUGCAAUCAGUCAUUAAUUUGUCAAAUUUUCUAAAUAUCUAUGAAGUGAUCUCUAAUGAUUUUUAAUUUAUAUUGAUUGUGUAAUAUAUCUACAUGAAUUAUUUUAUUUCUUAAACUGCAAUGAAUUGAUUAUACAUGUUGAUUCAACAAAAGUGACCGGUAUAGGUUAUGAACGCAAAUAGCAAGAUAUUUUAUUGGUUAACUAAUAUGUUUUAAGAAAAACUUCUUGUUUAACCUUAACCCUAGUUUGUAAAGAAGGGAAGAGAGAGCACAAUGUCAAGGAUAUUGAAUCACCGUGUGAGAGCAUCAUUGAAGAAACCAUCAUGGUCACCCAUAGACAAGAGAGCAGUAGCAUUCUCAAUAUACACUGGUCGAAGCUUGCUACUCCACAAGCCUGCACCCAAUCAUAUCCCGAGAAGAAAAUAUGGCAUGCUAGUAGCAAGGGCUGUGAGGGGGAUGCUGAAGAUACGCUACUUGAUACUGGGUGGUGCUGUUGGUGGGGGCAUGACUUUGAAUAAGAAAUAUGCAGAAUGGAAAGAUGGUUUGCCAGACAUGGGCUGGCUCAACGAACUGUUGCCAGAUAACGAUCAGUGGGACAAAUUCACAACUACCCUCAUUUCUGCUAAGGAUAAAAUUGGUGAUCAGCUGCAAAUUGGGGUCCCACUGACGCUGUCGGUGACCUCAGAUCCUCGGCUCCGGGACGCGGGGCUUGCGAGGGCUGCCGAGUUGCGGGAAUGGCUGGCGCAGCGAUAUGAGGAUGCCGUCGCGGCUGCCGCAGUCAAUAACACUACCAAUGAAAUGGAGCCAGCGCCAAAGAUCGUCAAUAACCUGCAGAGUAAGCCGGCGCCGGCCACGGCUUCAAGUCGCUCGCCCGGGGAAGAAGCUGCAGCAUACGAGAAAAGAAUCCACAGCCUGCAAGAGGAAGUGUUAUCUCUCCAAGCGAGAUAUCAAAGGGAGCUGCAGAGACUUGAGCAAGAGAACAGGGAGUUGCGACAACAGAACAUGCUACUCAGGCAGGGUAGGCAACCACCCACUAAGAAGAUGAAGCGCUCCUUAAUCGACAUGUACUCAGCAGUACUCGACGAGUUAGCGGGCUGGGAGGCGGGCGAAGCCGGGAGGCUGCCACGAGUGGUGGUGGUGGGGGACCAAUCAGCUGGAAAGACAUCUGUGUUGGAGAUGAUAGCACAGGCCAGGAUCUUCCCACGAGGUGCUGGGGAAAUGUGCACACGAGCGCCAGUAAAAGUGACACUAUCAGAAGGACCAUACCACGUGGCUCAGUUCAGGGAUUCCUCACGAGAGUUUGACCUUAACAAGGAAUCUGACCUCGCAGAUUUGAGAAAGGAAGUGGAGAUGCGCAUGCGCAACAGUGUGCGCGGCGGGCGCACCGUGUCCACCGAAGUGAUAGCGAUGUCCGUCCGUGGGCCGGGUUUGCCGAGGAUGGUCCUUGUGGAUUUGCCGGGAGUUAUAUCGACCCAGACCGUGGACAUGGCCGCAGACACCAGGGAAGCGAUCAAACAGAUGACUAAACAGUACAUGGAUAACCCUAACGCGAUCAUAUUGUGUAUUCAGGACGGUUCGGUGGACGCAGAACGAAGCAAUGUGACAGAUUUGGUGGCAUCAUGUGACCCUCAAGGCAAAAGAACCAUCUUCGUGCUCACCAAAGUUGACCUCGCUGAAGAGAACCUCGCUAAUCCGAAUCGAAUCCGUCGUAUCUUAGAGGGAAAACUGUUCCCAAUGAAAGCGUUAGGUUACUACGCCGUGGUAACCGGUCGAAGCAGGAAAGAUGACUCCAUUCAGAGCAUACGGGAGUAUGAAGAGAGAUUCUUCCGAUCUUCUAAACUGUUCAAGGAAGGUCUGGUUUCGGCGGCGCAGGUGACAACCCGCAACCUGGCUAUGGGCGUGGCGGACUGCUUCUGGCGAAUGGUACGGGACUCCGUGGAACAACAAGCCGACGCUUUCAAAGCUAUGAGAUUCAACCUUGAGACCGAAUGGAAGAAUACGUUUCCGAGACAACGCGAGCUAGAUCGCGACGAGCUAUUUGAGCGCGCUCGGGCAGAGUUGCUCGACCAGUCGGCCGAGCUGUCCGCCGUACCGGCCGCGGCGUGGGAGCAGAGGCUACAUAACGCUUUAUGGGCGUCCACUGCCGAAAGGAUCUUCAGUGGAAUUUACCUCCCUUCAGCUGCGCAGGCGCAUGAUGACGUCGAUAAAUUCAACACAGCAGUGGACAUCAAACUGCGCGAAUGGGCGGAGAGUGAGCUAGCUCGUCAAUCUAUUGAAGCGGGGCGGGAGGCUUUGAGGGAAGAAUUUGCUGAACUACUGGCAAGGUCUACGGAAACCGACCCAGUUUAUGAGCCGGUGAAGAAAGCCGCUGUUGAGGAGGCCUUGUCUCGACACCAGUGGGAGGAGAGGGCACAGGAUGUCCUACGCGUGUUGCAAGUGAACGCGUUACAAGACCGUUGCGUUCGCUCGCGUGCUGAAUGGGACGCGGCGGUCGCGCUGAUGGACACGGCGCUCCGAGAGCGGUUGCAGGCAGUGGAGAAUGACCUGAAGACGCUUACAGGUCCCAGCUUCCGAGAUCGUUGGUUACGUUGGCAGUACACCAGCGAGGAGCAGAGCAGGCGCGCCGAAGUUCGUGCGGAGCUGGAGAAGCUUGGCACCAACAGACCUGCGCUCUCGUACGACGAGAUAGUAGCAGUGAGAGACAACUUACGUCGCCGCGGAGUGGAGGUGGACAAUGAAUACAUUCGUGAGACGUGGAGACCCGUCUACCUUAGAAACUUCUUACAACGUGCGCAGGCGCGCGCUAGAGAUUGUAAGAAAAGUUACUACUUGUACAGCCAACAGAAUGGACAAGAGAAAGAGUGCUGCGAGGUAGUUAUGUUCUGGCGAGUGCAAGCAGCUCUCCGUACAACCGCUAACGCGCUCAGGCAACAGAUCGCUAACAGGGAGGCUGCGAGGCUGGACAGGGACCUGCGAGAGGUCCUCGAUGAGAUGUCAGCCGAUCCAGAACUAAAGAAGAAACUUCUUUCCGGUAGAAGAGUAGAACUCGCUGAAGAACUUAAGCGCGUAAGACAAGUGCAAGAGAAGUUAGAAGAAUUCAUAGAAGCGUUGAACAAGGAGAAGUAGUCAAAUAUUGUUACCAGCAGCUCGCGUCACGAAACUUGAAACUCUUCUGU